AUGGAAGAAGUAAAAGAAGUUGAUUAUAAAGAACGAUUUACUCAUCCUGGAGGACUUCCUAUUCAUGAAAAAAGAGUUUCUAGAUGGGACAGAAAAAUAAGAGAUGUAUUGCCAAACAUUCCUGUUCAUAUUCCUCCUUCAUUAGAUGAAAAGUAUUGGGAUACAUUGGCAAUAAGGAUUAGAUAUGAAGAGUUACAAUAUGCCCUUGGAACACACCGACUUGGACUAAAUACUGAACGAGAUAGAACACCAUCACCUCCAAAACAAUAUAAUGAAAAUCAACAAGAGAUAACAAGAGAAAUGAGAAGGGAAGAAAAAUUAAAAAAUGAACGUCUUUAUGUUGUUGAUAGAGCAAUUGAAAUAUAUCCAUCAUUUAGAAUUCCAGCUGAACUUGCUAAACCAAGUGGAAAACGAACAAAAAAGAUAUAUUUCCCUAAAGAUAGGCCUGACACUAAUUUUAUUGGUUUGAUAAUUGGACCACGAGGGGAUAAUCAGAAAAGACUUGAAAAAGAUAGUGGAGCUAAAAUUUCUAUUAGAGGUAAAGAUCCAAAAAAAUUAGGGAAAUUGUCAGGAUAUGGAGACAAAGACAAUGAAGACUCUCAUGUAUUUAUUACUGCAGAUACUCAAGAAGCUUUAGACCUUGCUUGUGAAGAAAUUACUAAAAUUAUUAGUGCACCUUCAGAAGAAAUUAAUGUACUUAAACAUAAUCAAUUAAGAGAACUUGCUCUUUGGAAUGGAACAUUCAGAGAAGACAGAGUUUAUGAAGUUGAACAAUACGAAAGUGGAGUCAAAUGUGGAUUUUGUGGUGAUAGUUCACAUGCUACUUGUGAUUGUCCAUUAAAGAAACAAAAAAUGAGUGAACACCAACUAGAAUUAGAGAGGGCAUUUGAUGAGUUUAUGGAAAAAAUACAACUUCAACUGAUAAAUUGA